CUUCCUAUUGGCCGCCGACGAAAGCAGACAUCCGGUUUGCGCGUCUGGCCGCCGGAGGUGGAGGCAGCCAUGGUGCGGUUCAAGCACAGGUACCUGCUCUGCGAAGUGGUGUCUGACGACCCCCGCUGCCGCCUGACUCUGGAGGACCGAGUGCUGGGCACCCUGGUGCGGGACACGAUCGCCCGCGUGCACGGGACUUUCGGCGCUGCCGCCUGUUCCAUCGGCUUUGCGGUACGAUACCUCAAUGCCUAUACCGGAAUAGUGCUACUGCGAUGCAGGAAGGAAUUCUACCGGCUUGUGUGGUCAGCUCUUCCCUUCAUCACAUACUUGGAAAACAAAGGACACCGCUACCCGUGUUUUCUCAACACCUUACACGUGGGAGGUACAAUUAGAACAUGCCAGAAGUUCCUGAUUCAGUACAACAGGAGACAGCUGUUGAUCCUGUUGCAGAACUGCACUGAUGAAGGAGAGCGGGAGGCUAUCCAGAAGUCUGUCACUAAAAGCUGUUUACUAGAGGAGGAGUCGGCUGGGGAGGAGCUUUCCAAUAGUGGCGGCGAGGAGACUGCUGAGCCAAUGGAGUGAACCUUUGCACGCUGUGCUGUGCCCAGGCCUCGGGGUCCACUCACUGGGAUGGGACAUUCUGAGAGGCAGCAGCAUCUUCUGCAGUUCCCAAACUGGAUGACUGCUGACCAGAGGCCAGGUGACCAGCUCAAAAUGGACUUAGUAAAACUAAUCGAAGUCACCUUUACCCAGCAUUGCCUGGUUAAGUGGUUCUGCAGGUUGUGAAGCCCCUGUCUUUAUAGCCAUCUUUGUAUCUAACUGCCUGGCUGGGAGCAGGUUUAAUAAAUGUAUUUGGCUUCUUUUA